AUGGUGGUGGUCAGGAUCGAUGGAGCGCUUUUCAUCGUGCAGUGUGGAGAUGACCCGAAUGUCCCCAGCGACCAGGAGCCUUUUCCAGUGUUCCACUCAGAGGGUGGCGCGGGGGUUUGGAACGUGCCAUGGCUCAACCCGUACCACCUCAAGGCUUUGUUCCAGGGUGAACUCGAUGACCGAAAUGCACCUUGGCGUGUUCCAUGGGCACAGAAGAAGCCGGUGGUCUACUGGCGUGGUGCCCUGACGGUGCCUGACAACAUCCCCAUGUCGGAGGCACAGCAUCUCCCGCGUUUCCGAGUCUUUCAAGUAGCGUCCAUGCGCAACGAGCUGUUCGAUGUGGGAGUCAGCAGCAUUGAUGGUGAGCUGAUUGCCGCCUGGGGCAAGAAGGCUGUUCAGAAGCUCAUGAAGCAGCACAGCGUUCGACGCACCCCGCGUGAG